UUGAAACAACCUAUCAGUCCAUAUUGAAAUAACGCGUGUGUGUGUGUGCGCUCAGACCAGGUUAAUUACUGUUUAUCAAGCAUGUGCUCGGAGAUUUUAUUUAUUUCUGAGAUGCCAUUGGCUGUGGGAAUAGGCAGUAGGCGCUGUGCUGCUGUGUGAGCGAGUUAUACAGCACUCCUGAUAUAUGCAGACCAUUCAUCCACUCAGCCCAGCAGAAGAGAAGGAUCGGCUGAUUAGACUACAGGCAAAAGACGAGUGUUGAUCACAUCAUCUAAUUAGUUGAGGUAGCCUACUGUAGUGUAUGAUCUGUGGUCUAGAUAAACAACAUGCAUUAAGUGACGAAGGGUCUGGAAAUAGUUUUUAUUUAAUUAAAGACGAGUUUCCCAUUUCCAUUCGUCUUGGAGACAUUUCCAAUUCCCUCUUUUCUCUGAUGCCGAUAGUCGCUGACCAGUCGGACCGCGGCUGCUAGGCGUCUUAUAUCUGUCAACACAAACAAGGGAGGGUCACGUGAAGCGAUAGUCUCACCAACCCUUGGUUAGAAACCUUGCAGUUGGCAUUCUCGAGCUGACUGCGUGCCACCGCCGCCCAGCUGUGUCUCACAUGGUUCUGCUCCGCCACAUCUCCAUCGCGCUGACCGCGGCGGUGGCCGCGUUUGGGUCAGCGCUGUUUAUCGUCCUGAGUCAUAUUUUCAAGAGGCAAGUAUGGACACCAGAAACGAAGUACUACGCGAUUCACGAGGAGGAGGAGGAGCGACGGGAGAAGCAGGUGCUGGUGCUGGGUCUGGACGGGGCAGGGAAGAGCAGUGUGCUGCAGGGCCUGUCCACCUCCGCUGCUCUCCCUGCACAGCGCUGCAAGCCCACGCGCGGAUUCAACUUCCUGCGCCUCAGCACGCCCGGCUGCCAGCUGGACUUCCUGGAGAUUGGAGGUGCUGAAGACCUGCGUGUGUACUGGGCAGAUUACCUGCGGCGCACGCACAUGCUGGUGUACGUGGUGGACUCGGCUGACCGCAGGAGGCUGCCCCAGGCCAGGAGUGAGCUGCACCGACUACUCAAAGCUGACGCCAGACUGCCCGUCGUGGUGCUGGGCAACAAGCAGGAUAAACCAGGUGCGGUCAGCAUGCCUGACCUGUACGAUGCCCUUUCGCUGGCCAGCGUGAGCGACGCCCGGCAGGUGCUGCUGAUGCCAGCCCAGACUGGCACUAACGGGCAGAGUGGCCACCACGGCCUGCAGAGCUUCCAGGACAUGCUGCUCAAGCUCUGAGAACAGCACGAGCACACACACACACACACACACACACACAGCCAUAGUAGCAGUAGCCUCCUGGACUGCAGAGUAGCGGCAGAUUCAGGAUAAAGACGCACAAGUCCGCUCAGUGCUCAGUGUUUAUAAACAUUAAACCGUGCAGGGUCAGAGGUCAGAGAAGUGGCUUUGUUUGUAGCCGUAGCAGCCACAUCUGAGUAGCACACUCUGUAUAUAAGGCCCACCUCCCCAGGACACAGAGCAACACAGCGUCUCUUCUAGACUCAGAUGCUGUUUUUAUCUUUGUAAAUUUUGACCUUAUGUUUUGUAGAUUAUUGUACAGUCUAAGCUGACGUUGUUCUCUGACUAAAGCUUAUCUAGAGCAUGAUCGUCUGCUGAGAGCUUUCACUAGUGUGUCCAUGACAGCUUCAGGUUUUUAACGCGGCCAGUUUUACUGCAGUAUUUGUCCCCUGACUGGGCACAGAGGCUACUGGUCCAAGCCCACCUCGGACCUGCCCCUUUCUUGCUGGCAUGGCUAAAGCUAAGGUGACACAAAGGACGAGAAGGCCGCGUUUGUUCCAGGCCGUGUCUCACUUUCACUGCGCUAGCCAGAACUGACCCAAGAGUGAGCGGCCACACUGACAGGUCGGGUUUGCUUUUCAGAGGUAGCCAUUCUUCAUGUGACAUGUUUAAGUUGCUAUCUCUGCCCUUACGCAACAGUGCAGGACAGAAGGCCUCUUUGUCAGGCUGUUGUUGUUAAGUGUUCAAGAAUGACAGUGAGCAGCCCAGGGCAGUGUUCCGCUCACCGCUCUCACACACGUUCUACGUUCUCUUCUGUCCAGGAGAAUGUUCUUGGCAAACGUGUGCUUUGUUUUGCAUUAAUACGUUCAAAUUUUAUUCAUGAUAUUAUUUUUGCAAAUAAUAUUUGUUACUUAAAAUGUAGGCAACAGGGUGGGUGAGGACUUGUUUAAGACUUGUUUUUUAUGUUCAUUGCCUCUGUAAGUAUCCAUUGUGAUAGUGAAUUACUAUUAUGAAAUAUGAUUAAGUACAUUUUGGGUGCCAAUUUCCUCAAACUGAUAUAACCCAUUACUUUUGUAAGCCUAUGGAGUUUAGCAAGGUGCUCAUUUUAUUGUAAAAUAGGGAAAGAUCCACCCAACACUAGUCAACCAGAGCCAGAGACACAAGAGUUUCAGCUGUUCUACAGUUUCUCUCUUCUGAUAUCUGAGAAUAACUCAAGUUCUAUUGUCACUUGACGUGUGUGACUGUAUCUUACUGUAACAGUUGACCUCAUGCAUACCUCUGUGUGUGAUUGUUGGCCUGAGCCAGGAUAUCAUAGUCUUAUUUCUUAUUUUGUUUUCUAAUCAAGACAGUCUACCAUUUGUGUUUCAAGGCUGAUGAAGCUGGAAUUGCAUUUUAAAGACAUGAAGAUGCAUGCUUUGUAUGAAGCAUGCUAGGACCUGGGGUUGGGGUAACGUCACAUAGCACAUUUGUCCCGUCGUGGCUGUUACAGCUGUGAGAUUGGCAAGGGCUGAACUCAGACACGUUUGCAGACACAUGAUGUUCACGGCAUAGACACACAUUGGUAAUGGCUCCUUAACUUAAAAUUCUAGUAACAUUAUUUAGGUUAGCUGUGUGCUGACCGGAAAUCUAAGGCUUACAGAUAUGGUCGACUGCAAAGUUUAUUUCCCAGUGUCUGGGAGAAACUCCAUCCAUAUUAUAUGCUGGGAUAGUGUGUUCUAAGCCAGUAGCAUAGCCUACUGGUGCAGAUGAUUCAUAUGGAGUGGCUUUUCGUCCAGCGUAGGAGACACCUGAUAAUGUAAACAAACUCUGCUGCCUGAGGAUAUAGCUGGCUGAAAGUCAACAGUCUCUGCCCUCGAGAGCACCACAUGAGCACAUAAUAUAGUUCACACACCUCCUGGUUUCUGCGAUGAGCAAACACACUCAAAACACAUGUGAUGAGCAAAGUCCAGCCCUGAAUGUAUGUAGGUGUCUAUACCUUGCAGCUAUCAGCCUCGCUCAGUAUUUACCUGGUGGAUGGUUGGUUUGUGGCAAUCAUGGACAACAGAUGUAAAUUAGCCUUGUGGCUAUAAUCUGGCCCAAUUAUAUAUUGUGCAUUGUCCCUGUCAAAUAAACGUAAAUAAAUAAAUACAUUUAACAAAUUGAAGCAUUAUCAAACCUUAAAUUUUGUAUUCUGAGGCAGAGGAAAAUAACUCCUAAUUAGUUGGACUAUUAUUAUUAUUUAAAGUAUUUAUAUCUGUAAACAAAUGUUUUUCUACUUUGUGCAGUACCUCGAUCCAUUGCAAGGGGUGCUAAGCAAGUUGUGCACUGAGGCAGUCCUUGGUGGCUUCUCCAUACACAUGUUUGUAUAACUUCAUUACAUAACUCCAUAUUCCUGUACCUGUGAAUGUGUCUUCUCAGUGUAUAUACAUACAUACACACACACACAUCUCCAAAUGUGUGCACUGAAUAAAACUCUCAAAUACC